CGAGAGGCGUCGUGGGCGGGGAUUCGGCUGGACGUGCAUCAGCGUGUAGUGGUCAGUUGGUAAUUAUUGCCUCUGAGGCGUCACAGUGAGAUCUGAUAAGAGUACCGUUUGCGGUGAUUAGGAGGAGUGUGAGAGCGGCUGGUCGCCCAUGAGUUGUAGUGAUGCUGUGCUUGAUACCGAGGACGCGCACAUGUCUAUCUUCUUGGAGUGAAGUUACUGUACCACGCAGAAUGCAGUGAUGGGCGUAGAUUGCAAGCUCUGCUGCCAUUUCUGAGGAUUCUGCAAGAGUAGGAGUUGAUCUCACAUGAGGAGUGGGUAUCCGUGCCAAAAAAGGGCAAUGCUAACUGCAGUUCGUUGCUCAUUUUUUCGUGUGGUCCUUGUUGCCCUCCUCCUUGUUGCCCUACUUCAACUUCUCUACCUCUCUCUUCUCUCUAAUUUACAUGGACAACAGCAGCAGAGGUCUGCCCAUCCAGUGCUUGUGGGCACACCUCAUACAGAGCUUAGAUGGCAGAGGGAACAGAAAGAUCAUUUGAAGGCCACAUUGAUGUCUGGUGGUGUACUAGAUGUCAGUGGACAGUAUCGAAUUUAUCGUCAUCUUUUGUCACAUGAAGGGGGACAAUCAAACGACGUGGCAUUGGCUUCUCAUGCAAGCCUAAGUAACCUAUGGCAUUUGCGGGAACUGGUACAGAGGUGGGAUGGCAGAAUUUCAUUAGCACUGUUUGUCUCUAGUGCUGCCCAGGGUAAAGUAGCCACUGUGUUAGCCUAUACCCUUUCACAGCUGUGCCCUUCAGUGAGGCAAAGGGUGUCCAUUCAUCUUGUGUGCCAGUCUGGAGAUACGAUCAUUUUUCCCAAACAAGAUGAUGCUGCAGAGUUUGCCCAUCUUCAGACAUGCCAGGCUGUCUUUGCCAAGGCAGCAAAUAUGGGCACAAAUAUAAUAAACUAUGCAGGGAAUGCGUCUUACCCCAAUAACUUACUAAGAAAUGUUGCUAGGGCUAGCCUUGGGAGUACAGCGUUUGUAUUGGUGGUUGAUAUUGAUAUGGUACCCAGUCAGGGGCUGAGGUCAGGAUUUUUGGAUUUGGCUGCGCAAGGGCUCGAUCCACACCUGGUAUUUGUGGUACCUGCCUUUGAAAUUAGACAUACUCGGCGGUUGCCUGGCACUAAAGAGGAAUUGCUGCGACUGUACCAAGUGGGAGAAGUGCGGGCUUUUUACGAAGAGUUAUGUCCACGAUGCCAAGCACCUACUAAUUAUUCAGUCUGGCUAAACUUACAAGAGAAGGACACUUCUGGCAGAUUGGCAGUUGCUUAUGUUGUUGAGUGGAGAGAUCCAUGGGAACCAUUCUAUAUUGCAAAUAAAGAGGUCCCAGCCUAUGAUGAGAGGUUCAAGCAGUAUGGAUUUAACAGAAUCAGUCAGGCAUGUGAACUGAAUAUGGCUGGUUUCUCCUUUGCAGUCUUGGACUCUGCUUUUUUGCUUCAUAAAGGCCACAAACUACCCGGAGAUUUUCACAGCCAGAAGGAUGCAGAAAACAAAAGAAACCGUUUGCUGUACAGAGGCUUCAAGGAGGAACUGAAGAUGAAAUACCCUGAUUCCAGCAGACACUGCUAAUAAGGUCUUUACCUGAGCAGCCUGAACUGUUAAGAACCAAGCUUCUCACAUGAUGAAUAGGAUACAUAAGUUCCUUAGUGUAUUUGUAUUUAUUGAUGUGUAUGACUGAUGAAAAUCUGCCAGAUCUUCUUUCAACAUUAUUCUUUCCUUGUUGGGUGGGGUGCCUUCACACACUACGGAUUUUGUUGCUGAAAUUUCUGUGACUGAAAAUCAGUUCAUUCAUUUGAAUUGGGCUGAAAGCACAUGGAUUUCUGCAAGCCCCAUUCACGUGAAUGAAACUUAUUUUUAGUUGCAGAGUUUUCUGCAACAAAAUCAGCAUCAUUUGACGGUCCCCUUAGAAAGGAUCUUCUGUGUUCAGUAGAAUAAGCCUGGACCCCAGCAAUCAAGUUUUGGCUGUUAUGCUCUGGGCUUAUGAGUUUGCAGAGCAGUCAUAUUCACUGACUGACAAUAUUCCAGAAAUCCAUACUCAGAAAUAGAUCUUAAUAGUUUGAGAUUGGGAGGGGGGGGGGGACAUAAAUGGCAGAAGAAAUGGGAUAUUUUUUUGAAUUGAGUCCUAUUCUCCUCUUUCCUGUAUAUUUUGAUUAUUCCUUCCAUUUCACUGCUGCACUAAUUUUAUUUCUAUAUAGUUUUUCUCUAUUUCUAGUCCCGAUUCAGUCAUAAUCUGUCUUUUCUGGUUUUCUUCUCAAUGCUAGGAUACAAGCAGUAGUUGGAGCUGGCUGAAAAUAAAUAAUUAAAUCUCCUGUGUUUUUGUUCUCUUAAUUAUUUUUUCUUUGUGUUUUUUUUUCCUAAUCGUAAAAAACACAAACUUUUUUAUUUAUUUCCAUAUGGGCCCAUGUACGUCGCAGUAUAGGGCUGUACUGUGCAAUCAGACUUCUAGGGCAAUGCUGUAUCUCUACAGCUCAGAUUUUAUUCAUUCUGUAGGCACCGAAAAAAAAAAAUUGUGAUGUGGCAUUAGAUUCUGUAAAGAGAACUGCAUGGAGGCACAGAUUAUACCAUGUACACAAAGCUUUAAAGUGAACCUGUCAAUUUACUUAUUUUGCCCUACUAGAGAGCAGUAAAUGAGGAGUAAAAAGUAGAGUAAAUUCUGACAGAACUCAUAGAAGAGACAGUGAGAGUCCUGAUUCCCCACAACACACAAUAUGGUUGACAGUCUUCUCUGUACACACAC